UCAAACUCCAGAGCUGCUCUUCAAUGAAACUCAGCUGUUGCAGCUUCAUCACCUUUAAUGCUACCCCACCUCGCCGCACACUCUUCUCCCUCCGUCCGCCGCGCUUCUCCGGCGAGUCAACUCACUCUCACGGGGUCUCGCUAGCCGAAUCGCUCCAAUCCGAGACGCUCGAAAUCCUCGAAUGGCCCGCCGUCUGCUCCCAGCUCGCAGCCUUCACUUCCACUUCCAUGGGCCUCUCCACGGCCCAGUCCGCGAGGAUUCCACUUGGCAGGAGCCCGGAGGAGAGCCGGAGGCUCCUGGCGCAGACCUCCGCUGCCGUCGCGGUUCCUCGGCCGUUGGAUUUCUCCGGCAUCGAGGACGUGUCGCGCAUCGUCGAUACCGCCGUCGCCGGUCAAAUGCUCUCCAUUCGUGAGAUUUGUGCCGUGAAACGAACUCUGAUCGCAGCUCGAUCGUUGCUCAAACAGCUGGAGGAGAUCUCUUUUCAGAGUGAACUUUGUGAAAGGUGGUCUCCGCUGAUUGAAAUUCUCCAGAAUUGUGAUUUUCUUGUUGAGUUGGCACACCAUAUAGAAUUCUGUAUAGAUUGUGACCUUUCAGUAAUACUAGAUAGAGCUAGUGAAGAACUGGAAAUUGUGAGGUCUGAAAGAAAGAGGAACAUGGAAAAUCUUGAACUAAUGUUGAAACAAGUGUCAUCUCGGAUUUUUCAGGCUGGUGGGAUUGAUAGACCGCUAGUAACCAAACGCCGUUCAAGGAUGUGUGUUGGUGUUAGAGCUUCCCAUAGAUCUUUGCUUCCCAAUGGUGUAGUCUUAAAUGUUAGCAGCACUGGAUCAACAUACUUUAUGGAACCUGAAGGGGCAGUUGAACUGAAUAACAUGGAAGUGAAGCUUUCUAGUGAAGAGAGGAAUGAGGAACAGGCCAUUUUGAGUUCACUUACAUCUGAAAUUGCUCAAUCCAAAAUGAAGAUCAUGUGUUUAUUAGAUAGGAUGUUAGAAAUGGACCUUGCAUUUGCUAGAGCUGCUCAUGCUCAUUGGAUGAAUGGGGUCUGUCCAGCUCUUAGUUCAGAGAACUGUGAUGACCAAAGGUUCAAUGAUUUAUCUGUAGAUAUUGAAGGUAUAAAGCAUCCUCUGCUCCUCGAGUGCUCGUUGAGAAGAUUGCCUGAUAUUGUAAGAUUUAAAUCCCGAAGUUCACUUUAUUCAGAUCAGAGGAAUGAUGCCACAGAUUUUGAAUCAGUUACUCGUUCAUCUGCUUUUCCUGUACCGAUUGAUAUAAAAAUUGAGCAUGGAACAAGAGUGGUUGUGAUCUCGGGGCCUAAUACAGGAGGUAAAACUGCUUCAAUGAAAACAUUAGGCCUGGCUUCUGUUAUGUUCAAGGCUGGCAUGUACUUGCCAGCUCAAAAUAAGCCCAGACUUCCUUGGUUUGAUCUAAUUCUGACAGAUAUAGGAGAUAAUCAGUCUGUAGAACAAAACCUCUCAACCUUUAGUGGGCACAUGCUACGGCUUUGCAAGAUCUUGGAAGCUGCUUCAGAAAGCUCUCUAAUUCUUGUUGAUGAAAUUGGCAGUGGUACUGAUCCUUCGGAAGGCGUAGCUCUUGCAACGAGCAUUUUACAAUAUAUCAAGGAGAGAGUUAAUUUAGCAGUUGUGACCACCCACUACGGUGAUUUAACACGUUUGAAAGAGAAGGAUAAUCGGUUUUCUAAUGCAGCAAUGGAAUUUUCUUUGGAUACACUGCAGCCUACAUUUAGAAUUCUUUGGGGGAGCAUGGGUGAGUCAAAUGCCUUGAUGAUUGCUAAAUCAAUUGGUGUUAAUGAAAGCAUCAUUAACCGGGCGCAAUCAUGGGUAAACAAAUUGACACCAGACAAGAUGCAGGAGCAGAAAGGUUUACUGUAUCAGUCACUAGUGGAAGAAAGAGACAGAUUAGAAACUCAAGCAAAGAAAGCUGCUUCUCUUCAUUCAAAUAUCAUGAAUCUUUUCCAAGAGAUUCGAGAUGAGGCACAAGAUCUUGAUGAACGCGAAAAAGCUCUGAAGACAAAGGAAACUCAGAAAAUCCAACAAGAAGUGAGGGCUGUGAAGAGGGAGUUAGAAGCUGUACUGAAGGACUUUGAGAACCAACUCAAGACUAUUGACAUUCUUGAGGUUAAUUCACUUAUCAAGAAAUCAGAAUCUGCAAUCUCAUCCAUAAUUGAAGCUCAUCAGCCUUCGAAAGAACUUGUCAGAGAAACAGGCCAAAGUUUUUAUACCCCAAGAGUAGGCGAGCAAGUUCUUCUGAAGAGUUUAGGAAAUAAGCUGGCUACCAUUGUUGAAGAACCCGGGGACGACGAAACUGUCCUUGUCCAGUAUGGAAAAAUUAGAGUCCGUGUGGAUAAAAGCAAUAUAAGAGCCCUUCCAACUAAUUCUGCAACAGUUUCUGUCCCAAGUUCAAGAACACAGGGUCAGGGGAUCAAGAACCUCAAGGAACUAAGAAGCCUCACUGCAGCCAACAACAUUACCCAAGACUCUUACGGUCCAGUUGUGCAGACAUCAAAAAACUCAGUCGAUUUGCGUGGCAUGAGAGCAGAGGAAGCUUCUCAUCACCUCAGAAUGGCCAUAGAUGCAAGGCCACCUAAUUCUGUUCUUUUCGUUGUUCAUGGGAUGGGCACUGGCGUCAUAAAGGAGUUAGCACUAAAGCUUCUGAGAGAUCAUCCUCGCGUUGUCAAGUUUGAGCAGGAAAGUCCAUUGAAUUACGGUUGUACAGUUGCUUAUAUCAAGUAAAUUUCUUCACCCAGUAGAAGCACUAUAAAGAAUCAUUUUUGUUUCUUCCAGAUUACAUCCAUAGGUAGACUUAUUUGUGCAGCUAUGUGAAUAUUUGAUCAUAAUUUAAGUGCUACAGUUCUAAAGAGUGAAA